AUUUCUUUUGGUGUUUCAAAUGGUUCUUCAGUCGGCCAUGAAUCUCCAAUUCUUAUCAUAUGUCAUAUUGUUCUUAGUUUCUUUUUCUUGUAGUUAAAUUAAUGGUUUCCAUCAAAAAGCAUUCCAAGCUUCCGCCAGGUCCAGUGUCGUUACCGAUCGUCGGCCACCUCCAUCUCCUCUCCCCCUUCAUUCAUCAAUCUUUCCACAAGCUCUCCUCCAUCUACGGCCCCUUGAUGUAUCUCCGCAUUGGGUCCAACGACUGCAUUGUGGCUUCUACCCCGGAGCUCGCCGAAGAGCUUCUCAGAACUAACGAGCUCACCUUCUCCGCCCGCAAGCACAACGCUGCCAUAGACCACCUUACUUACAACAGCUCCUUUGCAUUUGCACCCUAUGGACCUUACUGGAAAUUCAUCAAAAAGGUUAGCACUAUUGAGCUGCUAGGGCAUCGCACCCUAGGCCAGUUUCAACCUAUUCGAACCCAGGAAUUACAUCAUUUCAUAACCUUCCUCCUUGACAAGUCUAAAGCACUUGAAACAGUUAACUUAACCGAAGAACUGUUGACAUUAACCAGCAACUUUAUAUCUCAAAUGAUGCUCGGUAUUAGGUGCUCGGGAACAGGAGAACAUCCCGAUGGCGUCCGAACCUUAGUGCGAGAAGUGAGUGAGAUCUUCGGGGAAUUCAACGUCUCGGACGUUAUAUGGUUCUGCAAGCACUUGGAUCUGCAGGGGAUCAGAAAGAGAUUUGAGGAUAUUCAUACAAGGUACGAUACAUUGUUGGAAAAGAUCAUAAGUGACAGAGAACAAGUAAGAAAAUUAAAGAAACGAGAUAACGAUGAUGAAGUCAAGGAUUUUCUAGAUAUGUUGCUUGAUGUCUCUGAAGAUGCUCACUCGGAGGUUCAAUUAACCAGAACUCAUAUCAAGGCCUUAAUCUUGGACUUCCUAACAGCCGGUACAGACACAGGUGCGAGUUCGAUAGAAUGGGCACUUGCGGAGCUCAUAAACAACCCAGAAGUGCUAAGGGAAGCUCAGAAAGAGAUUGAUCAAGUUGUGGGAAAAGACAGGUUGGUUCAAGAAUUCGACACUGGUCGUCUCCCGUACCUUCAAGCCAUAAUUAAAGAAACAUUUAGGCUUCACCCACCAAUCCCAAUGAUAAUCAGAAAGGCCGUUGAGGAAUGCAAAAUCAAUGGAUACACAAUCCCAGCUCAGUCAUUGUUGUUUGUAAACAUGUGGAGCAUAGCCAGGGAUCCUAAGGUGUGGGAGGAUCCCUUAAAGUUUCAGCCCCAGAGGUUCUUCAUUGAUAAUAAUACUAUAGAUGUUAAAGGCUUCCAUUAUCAACUACUGCCUUUCGGUACAGGGAGGAGAGGCUGCCCUGGUAUGUCUUUAGCCAUGCUGGAGCUGUCCGUUACCCUGGCAGCCAUGAUUCAAUGCUUUGAAUGGAAGGUGGCGGAGACGGCGAAUACUGGCAGUGGAAGUGUCUGUGUUGACAUGACUGAGCGGCCUGGACUGGUAGUACCCAGGGCUAAUGAUCUCAAGUGUGUUCCGGUUGCACGCUUCACUCCCACUCUCUUUACAUCUUAAGCAAUUGCAAAUUGCCCAAAGAUCUGGUGACAUUUUUAUGCAUUGAAUAAGUAUACAUGUAUUCCCUCAGCCAAAAUAAGCAAGUGUGUGGUUGAAAGGCGCUAUUCAACUUGCACUGAAUAUUGGUGUUUUCCA